AUGGCUGGGACGAAAAAACCCCAAAACGGCCUUGCUGGAAGUCCAUUAUCCAGUAAUGUAUUUGAUAGUAAGGAGCAAGAACGAUUUCUUCCAAUAGCGAAUGUGAGCAGAAUCAUGAAGAAAUCGCUGCCGGCCAACGCGAAAAUAUCCAAAGAAGCUAAAGAAAUCGUCCAAGAAUGUGUUUCGGAGUUCAUAAGCAUCAUCACCGGCGAAGCGUCGGAUAAAUGUCAAAGGGAAAAGAGGAAAACCAUCAAUGGUGAUGAUCUCUUGUGGGCCAUGACAACAUUAGGGUUUGAGAAUUAUGUUAACCCUUUGAAGCUCUAUCUCAACAAAUAUAGAGAAAAUGAAGGCAGUACUGAUAUUCAAGGAAGUCCAAAUAAUAAUAUGAUGGUCAUAGAAGACCAUGAUCAUCGUCAUCAACUCAUUCCACCAUAUAAUUCCAAUCAUUGUACUUCUGAUCAACAAAUUCUCCAAGGUAUAGUAAUGCCUAAUCUUCUACAAUCCACUGACAGUGUAUAUUAUCCUAUUGAUGCAAAGUUGGCAUCUAGGAUGCUUGGAAACGGAAUUCCAUCAAGAUUGGAUGGUAUUUCCAAGAUUCAUGAAAUUGAAGGGAAUGAUGCUAAUCGGGUUAUCACAAGUAACCUUCAUCAUGAGGUUGGAUGGUAG